GAUAACCAGCUGAGGAUGGCUGAGGCAGCUGAGGCCACAGCCAAAACCAUGUUAGGUGAGAUCAGCCAGGGUCACCUGGAAUGCCCCAUCUGCUUCUGUCGGUACAAAGAUCCCAAGAUACUGGACUGUCUCCACACCUUCUGCCUCAACUGUCUGGAUGGGAUGUUGAGCAAACAGCAGCCGAGUAUAGGCAAGAUCACAUGCCCGGUCUGUAGGAAGGAAACCCCGGUGCCGGAUGCUGGCUUGCCCGGUCUACUCGAUUGCUUCUUCUUGAGUUCCCUGGUGGAUGAGAUCAACCAGCAGGAGCGGUCGCUGGAGACCCAGCAGCAAGCAACGACUUCACCAACAUGUGACGAAUGCGUAGAGGGGUUAGAGGCCGUCUCGCGAUGCCUAGACUGCGUGGAAAAUCUGUGCCAGCAAUGCAAGACGGCUCAUGAACGAUCCAAACGCACCCAGAAACAUCGGGUCACACCAGUUGAACACCCGGAGCAGAAAGAGGUUCCUUCGGCAGAUCUCAGCCAGACGCAUUCUCCGAAAUGUCAGAAGCAUGCUGACCAGAAGAUGCAAUUUUACUGCGAGACGUGCAAGAUGCUGAUGUGUGGCAUAUGCGCCACAAUCGAUCACCGAUCGGCUGACCACCAGUUGAGUGAAAUUGCCGACGCCGUCAGAUCCUACUUUGAAGAAGUGAAAUAUGUCUUGCAGAAGUUUCAGAAGAGCAAAGAGGAAUUCAAAGCUAAUGAAGAGUCGGUUGAGCACGCCAGACACAGACUGAAAGUAAUGGUGACCCGGGCCUGCAGCGAGAUUCAAGCUAAAGAGGAAGAAGAGAUUGCCAAAAUCAAGAACAAGUCUCGAUUGCUCAGAGACAAGGUCAUUAAAAUUGGCAAGAAGAGAGAUGAAGAGUUUGAAAAAGUACACACCAACAACAAGAAGAAGAUGGAGCGAGCAGAGGAGAUCGAGGCAGCGGUGACUGACUUGAUGAAACAAGCUGAUGACUUCGAACUCUUGAAUUUGAAGCCUAAGGUGAUGCACAACCUGGAAUUCCAGAAGGAUCUACAAUUUGAUCGAGUAAAACACGGUGAAUCUUUCAUCGGAGUCAAAUGUCAAGACGUUGUGCUCGACAAAGACCUUGGUGAAAUACUUCAUAAAGAGAAAUGGAAGUUGAAGACUGAGUUUGGGAAGCAAGGAGACGGGGAUGGAGAAUUCAACUGGGCAAGAAGCGUCUGCUGUUUCAGCAAUGGUGACAUUGCUGUUGACGAUAGCAACAAGAACCAAGUUUCUGUAUUCACGUCUACAGGACAGCACAAAACCACAUUUGAUCUAAACGCAUUGUAUGGUAUUUCAGUAACGUCGGAUCUACUUUUGGCAAAUUGUGAAGAUCAUGUUAAAGUUUUUGAUAUAAACUGUCAAUUGCAUUCGAAGUUCAACUUGUCGAAGCCUGAUGCUGGGGAUGAGCCAUACAUCCACACAAGCGAUGCCACGGUUGACAAUGAACAUUUGGCAGUAGUGUUCAAUGGGCAAAGAAUGGUCACAUCUCUCUACAAUCUGGACGGAUCGCUGAUCAGAGACAUCGCCAGUGCUUCCAUAUGUCAAGAGGAUAUUGCCAUAAGCAGCAAAGGCCGUUUGAUUUUCACACAGUACGACAGCAGUAUAUUACAAUGCGUAGAAAUGACAGGAAAAGAAGUGUUUGCUGUUCGCACUUCUCUGGAAGACAAAGAGGCGACACCAGCCGGUGUGUGCUGCGAUGAUGCAGGCGAUAUAUACGUUACCUUUCAUUGCGGUCCACACACAGGGAGCAGUGAAGUGCACCACUAUGAUUCCCAGGGGGUCUAUGUUGAUUGUGUUGCGAACAAAUUGUUGUGGCCAUUUGGCAUUACCUUUUCCCCAAGCGGUGAACUUGUAGUGGCUGAUCAGAACUCUGUCAAGAUUUUCCAUCGAAUAUGACCUUGCUAAUAAGGGGUAUGAAAAUGGUUACGGAACUACCGAUUUGGAGUAAGUA